GUCAGACCUAUGUCUGGGGUUUUUUCCCUUCGAACUGCUGUGCACAAGAAGUUUCUUCCCAAUUCAAUCGGAAUAACUAAACUGGCUCCUAGUAGACAUUGUGGCGCCGAGUUACGCAUGAAGCACAAUCAAAAUCAAUAUGCGGCUACAGUUGCCAAAAGAAUAAUUCGAGGCACCCGCAGUUCUUUCUAGGCCUUCGAAGAGCACACACGCAGCAUCCAGAAGAAAUGGAUUUCGAAGAAAUUACUAUACACUCACACACCAAUUGAACUGUCAACUGACCCAGAAGAACCGAGUGACAACCGAUGGACCAGGAUUCCUCUCUGCGCUUACUUCUUAUCGACCACAACUAAAAGCAUAAGCAUAACCACCAACUUCUUUUCCAUAAAACUAUUAUUUAUCAUUUUAAAUCUAUCACCAAACAUGAAACGUAGCCAAAAUGAAUGAAGCCAAUAAUAAAACAAUUCGAGAGCAAAACCUUGCCAGCUUAUUACCGAAUGUUUCAACUCGAUACUAAUGUUUUGUAUUUUGUCUACCAACUGAAAUGACUGCACUGGCCCACGAAUGUAGGUGAAGCAGCCCCGGGACAUCAGUUUUUCGUUUUCCCGUCGCUGAACUCCUUACCAUCGACAACGCACGGCAUACGCAUCUACAACGCCACACUUUGGAUACGGUUGGAGCUGAAGGUGAAACACGUGGACAACUAUUACGCCUCGUAUGGCAACAAGAAUCUCAUCCUGUGGGUGUUCCGGUUGAUAAGUGGGUCCAAGAAUGUGCUUAACGACGAAGAGGAAUUCACCAAACACACAGCCAUGGUGGCCAAACACACAAUUUCGGUGGAAAAACUCGGAUGGCAGGAGAUAGACGUGACGAAUGCUGUUCGAGCCUGGCAUUCCGAGAAGACCAACGACAGCUUGCGGCUUUAUGUGGAUUGUUCGGGCUGUGGAAAUAAAAUAACCAUCCAUCUGUUCGACGACAACCAGAACAAGAUAAAAGAACCAUUCUUGAAGGCACAGAAAAUAAACCCGAAAAAGAAGCCGGAAAAUUUCAUCGACUAUAAUCGCCCUUACCUGUAUGUAAGCCUAGCGACGAACCACGUGAAGCGUUUGCGCAGACGAGCGCUCGACUGCACCGGAGCUCCGAACGAGCAGUGCUGCAAGCAGAAGUUCUACGUCGAUUUCAAGGCUCUGAAGUGGGACGACUGGAUCAUUCGACCUCACGGAUACUUUGCCAACUACUGCAAGGGGAGUUGUUUAUUGCCGGACAAGUUUUCGGCCGAGUAUCAGUAUGUUGUGGACGAAUAUCGUAGACAGGGCCAACUCACCGGAAUCCACCAAUGUUGCGCACCGACCAAGUACUCCCCAAUGUCUCUGAUUUUCUACGGACCAGACUCGCGAGUCAUCAAGCAGGACCUUUCGAAGAUGAUUGUAGAAGAAUGUGGUUGUCCAUAAUAAAGUUCAGUU